AUAAUCACUUUAAAUGGCAAAAGAGGAAUUUUCAAAGAAACAAAUUUUUCAACAACAAAGAAAUAAUCCCUUGAAUAUGGAUGAAAAUAUUCUGACAAAAGAUUGGCAAAGUGAGACAAAAAAUUCUUUUCCUUUGAUAAAAAGUACCGAAGAAGAAAUUGGAAAACGAAGAAAAUUGUUGAAAAAAUAUUUUCAAUUGCAAGCUGCUGAAGAAAUUCAAAAAGAGGAAUUGGAAGAUUUGCCAUUACCCGAUUCUAUUUCCACAGAAUAUAUUGAAAGUUUUUGUGAUUCUAAUUUCAAGCCUCUAAUGGAAAAUGAUUGCACAGUUAACAUCCAACUGAAAUAUCCACUGUACGGAGAUGUCGCAAAUUCCUUGUACAAGGAGCAAAUACAAAAGGGUUCUUUGAAACAGCAUUCAUCAAUUUGUAACUUCAAUCAACCAUUCCGGAGGUGUAAUUCAUUCACAAUGCCACCAGAACUUUCACUCCAAGACGCAGAUUCACAAUACCUAUCAUCAUAUUAAAAUUAAUUUCAAUUCAACAAAAUAACAAAAAGAGUAAAUUUCAAUAUAUCAGGAAGAUUUUAUGCACAAAGAAAUAUUUAUAUACACAUAUGCACAUAAAAAUAAAUAUGUACAGAUGAAGUAGGGAACAAAAAGAAAUUAUGAUUUCAAUAUCAAAAUCACAAUUUGUCAAAAUUGAAUAUUAUUCAAAACGUACGAUUUAUAGGUAUGUAAAUUAUUUUUGUUCUCUACCUAAUCUUUAGAAUGUUACAUACUCUCGACAUCUUGUUACAUUUUUAAGGCAACAUUGACAAGUGGAGUAGAAAAGCUUCUUAAACAAUAAUCUGAAGAAUCAAAUUUUCAUUCCUUAAUAUUAAACCUUUUUUUUCUAAAUUAGAAAAUGUAUAUUCCAUUCUUUUCCCCCAACACACACGCACUCUUUUUUUUUCUUUUAAUAUGAAAAUUAAAGUUAAAAACUUUUUAACUUCACAUAUAAUUGAAAAUAAAUAAUCUAUUCUCGAUAAUGUAAAUAUUUAGAGUAAUUUCACGUGAUGCUUUCGUUCAGAAUUAUUUUUAAAAGAAAAUUAUUAUUUAAAAAUAAUUAUAAUCAAAGAAAAUAUCAAUAUUUUGAUGUCUCAUCAAUAAAGUGAUACCUAUUCACUUUACAUUUUAAACAUUGCAUUAAAAACGAGUCAAUUACAACGAAAGUAGCGAAAUUAUAAUUCGAUACUUGUAUGUUGAUUUUCAGAGGAGUUUUCUUUUUUACGCACGUAGCGAAACAAAUUGAUGGAAAACAUCAAGUAUAUGGGGAUCGAGAUCUGAUGUGAAAAGUAAUGUUUCCAAAGUUGACGAAUAUUUUUGCACUUGUUCGUGAUGC